GCCGCCGGCCGCCUCAUGGCCACCCUGGCCGGGGUCUUCGUCUGGGACGGGCAGCGCAUUGAGGAGGAGGAGCUGCAGCGACAUCAUGGUGUCAUUUAGGCCUAAUUAUUGUGCACGGGGGAGAGACGAGUCAGGGCAGCUCGGCCCGGGAGAUGCAGCGCAUGCAGAACGCGGCCGCUUCGCUGCACGGUGCCGCCCUGGGCGAGCGCCCGCGCUUGGACCCCGCAUCGGAGCGGGACGCGGCGCCGGGCCCCGGCGAGCAGCCCUGGGAGCUGGUGAUGGACAAGAAGCACUUCAAGCUGUGGCGCCGACCCAUCGAGGGCACGCACCUCUACCAGUACCGAGUUUUCGGGACGUACACGGACGUGACUCCGCGGCAGUUCUUCAACGUGCAGCUGGACACCGAAUACCGGAAGAAGUGGGACUCGCUGGUCAUCAAGCUGGACGUGAUCGAGAGGGACGCGGCCACCGGCUCCGAGGUGAUCCACUGGGUCACGCACUUCCCGUACCCCAUGUACUCCAGGGACUACGUGUACGUGCGGCGGUACCGGGUGGACCAGGAGAACAACCUCAUGGUGCUGGUGUCACG